CCAAAUACAACAGCAACUGCUCCAAACCCAACAACUAAAACCACAACAAGAGCUGCUUCCACCACUAAAACUAUAACCAAACCAAAGACUACUCCAACAACAACACCAACUACUCUUGUGUCUACUACAACUACAACAACAAAAGCCCCUCCUCCAGUGUUUGUUGUUGCAGCAACUAUGGUUGAACCAUUUGUUGAAGAGCUUAAUGACAGAAAAAGUGCGCAGUUCAAAGUUCUUGAAGUAAGAGUGAUAGCAGUGUAUGAAAUCAUCUACAGUGAAAAAUAUGGACCUUUAUUCGUCCGGUGUUAUAUCAUUGCCUUCAGACCUGCCUUCACCAGGUUACGAAUGAAUGGUACUCAAGCAGAGGUGGGCAUAGAGUUCAAUAACACCAUACAGGCUGCGACAAUCCCAAAGGCUGAAGAUGUUCAAGCAACACUAAUGGAGGCUGUGAAUAACCCCAACAUCACUUUGAAUGUCACAUUCGACGCGAAUUCCAUUCAAAUAUUAAGUGUGCCUGCAACUGCAGCCCCAACCGUUAAUACAACAGUUUUGCAAAAUUCAACAAUUACAACCAAUGGAACAGAUGUAAACAUCACUACCGCUGCAGCAACAACGAAGCCUGGAACAUCAGCUGCUAACAAUGCAACAACUACAGUGACAAACAUCACUGCCGUUGCAGCAACAACGAAGCCUGGAACGUCAGCUGCUAGCAAUGCAACAACUAAAACACUUACUACAGUUACAACCACCACAACAAAAACCACAGCAGUGGUGCAAACAAUAAGGCAGCUGACUUUUAGGUCUCCUGGAGAGAUCUUUACAACUGAUUUGCUCGACUCAACGUCAACAGCAUUUAAAAACCGAGCUGCACUUUUAAAGUCCACUCUUGAGCCAUUCUACAGGAAAUCAUUUUCUUCAUUCAGUGAUCUAACAGUGAAGUCUUUCAGAAACGGCUCAAUCAUCAAUGACAUGGAGCUUCGAUUUGCUUCUGCAUCUGCUCCUACCGGAUCCGAAAUUGCACAAGUUUUGGUCAACGCAGCUUCAAACAUCACUGCCUUCACCGUUGACACUACCAGCAUUUUCGUGGAUGGAACACAGGUGUCAAGUGGAGCAAAUCACAAGAUCAGUCUCAUCAUGGCUUCCUGUAUGGUCCUGUUGUCAUGGCUGUUGUCAAGUCAACACUAGCACCUCUGCUAAUUUCUAGAAGAUAAUCUGCUUAAAAAUAUAUUCUAACUUGAAACCACUAAGACAUCGUGAAAGGGCAUUUUGUUUAAGAGACAUAAUUAGUCAACAUUUUACAAGCAGGUUUCUGCAAAUCAUCAGUCAAAAACUUAAAUAAUGAUAAAACCACAUUUAUUAUUUGUACAACUUGUGAAGAUGUGAUUAAGAUGUUGUUGGCAGCAAAAUUCUGGAUCCUUGUGUACUUCCUGCUUCUAUCGAGUCAUUUCUGUUGUCAAAAGAAGUGACAUAGGAUUUUAAGCUUUUCCUCUCAAAGUCAUUGCACUUUAUUCUUAUGCAACAUUUUAUUAUUGUGUUCAUUAUUUAUAUAUUUUUUUAAAUACAAAUGAAGGAAUUACCUGAAUUAUUAGUAGGUGGCACAAUUUAUGCAAGCUCUAAAGAAUCCUCUAUACAUGAAUGUUGAGGGAUAAAAGAGAUGUAGAACAUCUGAACAAAGAUCUUUGUGAUUAUCUUGUUUUUCUUUUUAACAUAAACAUGUAAAUUAGAUUGGGUGUUUAUGUAUUCAGUAUUCUCUGAGGUGUUAAGUAAGCUUAUUUCUGUGUAUCUGAUGAAGAAAUGUAAUAAUAGACAAUAUCAACAUUGAAUUAAGUUAAUAUAAGAUCAUUGCAAUAUUUAUCUUUAGGGUGAAAGAUGUGUUAAAGGGUGUAAAAUACAAUGUAGUUGUUUCCAAUAAAUACAUUUAUAUGUAAAAAUAUUGCUUCUAUUCUAUUCUGAGCAA